GCGGCCAAGGGAAAAGGUAAACAACGCCGGAGUCACAGAACCUUCAGCGUCCUCCCAUUUCCUCGUCUUUCCUCGGAUUACCUCGCCGCUACACACAAAAUCUGCACCAUGACCCAUCUAGCUCAAAUACUGUAAUGGCAUCCAGGGACAGCGGCACCCCAGGAGGAGGUGGUGGGACUGUUGGAACUGCACUUCAGCAAAACCCUCAGACUUCGAACAUGACGGCAGCUGGCGUGGCGACGGGAGUGUCAGGGAUGGCGGUAGCAGCUUCAGCCUCAGCUGGAGGUUCACAGGCUACUGGGACUGGGGGAGAAGCUGCGGGAAGGGUCAGCAAUGUUCAGCGCAUACAACAGAAGAAGGCCCAGGUGCGAGCCUGGCCGAGAGACAAGAAGAUGGAGAAACUUGCUAUUUAUUCCACAUGUCGGGCGGAUGAGAACUGUAGGUGCAACGGCUGGAAAAAUCCCACACCUCCUGCACAGCCAGCACGUCCUGAUACUCCCCAGCCAGCAGCCCCUCCCUCUCAACCUUGCAGGAGCUGUGGCCACACACUAGGCGAUCAUGUAAGUCAUCUAGAGUCAGCCGUUGAUGAUGACUUGGACCGCUUACUCUCAAUUGUGGUGGACGUCGAGAAUCUCUUUAUUUGUCUACACCGUGAGGAGGACCCUGAUACGAAGCAGGUGUAUUCCUACUUGUUUCGGCGGCUUAGGAAGUGCAUUCUCCAGGUCAGCCCCCCAACGGUGGAGGGACCCCUGGGGACGCCCCCCUUUGAAAGGCCUUCGAUCUUCAAGGGAGUAACCAAUUUUGUCCUGCACAAGUUCAAUCACUUACAACAGAAGGACUUUCAGAUGAUGAGUGACUUGGCCAAGAUGUUCCUUCAUUGCCUUAACCACUGGCGUCUGGAGACCCCAUCGGCGCGGCGUGCACACACCACGCCAGAGGAGAGUUCAGCUUAUAAAGUUAAUUACAUGAGGUGGCUGUGCUUCAGCUAUGUACCUCAGCUGUGCGAUUCCCUCCCACACCAUGAAACCACAGCCAUCUUUGGACGGACUUUCUUGCGAGCUGUUUUCCACACCUUGCGCAAGCAGCUCUUGGAUAAGUUCAGGGCGGAGAAGGACAAGAUGCCUGCCGAGAAGAAGUUAUUGCUGCUCAAUCAUUUCCCAAGGUUCUUGUCCAUGUUAGAGGAAGAAGUUUACUCCAACUCUUCACCUAUCUGGGAUGCAGACUACCGCCCGCAGCUCCCCCCACACCUCCACAACCAGGCUGCCGAAAGAGCUGGUAAUACUGCCAGUCGAGGAGAGUUUGAGAGGUUAUCGGUGCAGCCUGGAGAGGGACAGUACACAACAGUGAGUUUGACUUCUAGUAGUGCAAGGAGGUCCCGGCCAGAAGACAGGGGGGAGAAGCGGGAAGGAGACGACCUUUCGGAGAGUAGCAGCAAGAGACUGAAAAUUGAGACAGAAGACUUGGGUGAGGAGACAGUUGCAGAGGUUGUUGCCACUAUUACUGACCCCAGGCAGAUGGUUGGCCCUGAGGUCCUCUUCUCUGAAAAUGCAGCAAGAGACGAAGCCGCUAAGUUGGAGGAGCGUAAAGGCAACAUUGAGUUCCAUGUGAUUGGGAACUCCCUCACGCAAAAGGUGUCCAAGCAGACCAUGCUGUGGCUCAUCGGCCUCCAGAAUGUCUUCUCACACCAGCUACCCCGUAUGCCAAAGGAUUAUAUUACAAGAUUGGUGUUUGAUCCGAAGCAUCGGACACUUGCCUUGAUCAAGGACAACAGACCAAUUGGUGGGAUAUGCUUCAGGAUGUUCCCCACUCAGGGAUUCUCAGAGAUCGUAUUCUGCGCUGUAACCUCCAAUGAGCAGGUUAAGGGCUAUGGCACACAUAUGAUGAACCACCUUAAAGACUAUCAUGUUAAGAAUAACAUACAGCAUUUCCUAACCUUUGCUGAUGAAUUUGCAAUCGGGUAUUUCAAGAAGCAAGGUUUCAGCAAAGACAUUCAAGUGCCAAGAUCUGUUUACCAAGGGUACAUCAAGGACUAUGAAGGGGCAACACUCAUGGGAUGUGAGCUCAAUCCUAGCAUUGUGUACACGGAAUUCACAGCAGUCAUCCGGAGGCAAAAGGAGAUAAUUAAGAAACUGAUUGAGAGGAAGCAGAGCGAAAUCCGCAAAGUACACCCAGGGUUAACUUGCUUCCGAGAAGGGGUCCGAGAGUUGCCCAUUGAGAGUAUCCCAGGUAUCCGAGAAGCUGGUUGGAAACCUCCUGUUCCCUCAACCCGCUCAGCGCGCUCCCCUGACCGCGAACACCAGGAUCCAGACUAUUUGUACGGGAUGUUGAAGACACUCCUCAACAAUGUUAAAAGUCAUGCAGCUGCCUGGCCCUUUCAAGUACCAGUUGAUCCCAAUGAAGUACCAGAUUAUUAUGACCACAUCAAAUACCCAAUGGACUUGAAGACCAUGACAGAGCGUCUGAAGGCCCGCUAUUACGUGAAAGCCCGGCUCUUUAAUGCCGACAUGCUACGCAUCUUCAAGAAUUGCAGAUUCUACAAUCACCCAGAGACCGAGUACUACAAAUGUGCAAACAACCUGGAAAAAUACUAUUUGUCAAAAAUGAAGGAGACGAGUCUUCUAGAAGGAAAUAAAUUGUAAUGCCCAUUAUAUAUAUUGUGUUUUAAGGGGGGGAGGGAGGUCAGUAUGGAUUAUUGUAACGUAAUUUAUCCUUUUUAGAAGGAUCUAGUUAAGAUUUUUAUUUUAUUUGUAAAACACAUUAUUAUAGUUAUUAUUAUUUUUAUUAUUAUCAUUAUUAUUAUUACUAUUUCUGUUAUUAUUAUUAUUAUUAUUAUUAGCAUCUUUAUUAAUAUUAUUGUUAUUGUUUGUAUUUUUAUUAGUAUAUAUAUCUUUUUUUCGUAUUAUUUAUUAUUUUUUUUUAUAAAUACCAUUAAAAUCUUGUAGACAAUGCUAGUUCAAUAUAUUUACAAGUGAAAUGACGCAACUAUGGGAAAUACAUAUAUAUAUAUAUUCAGACAGUAGAUUAUUUAUUCAAGCUGUUUCAUUAAAAGAAAAAAAAGAAAAAGAAAAUAUAGAAGUGUUCAAAUAGAUGCAGUGAAGUCUUCCUCGUAAAAUUUGCCGGCUAUCAUAAAAAAAAAAAAAAGCAAAAUUAAUUAUACACGGAUAGUUGCGAGUGAAUCUUUGUAAGAGUUUUAUUGCAAGGAUAACAGGCAUUUUAUGUGGAUGGAACAUCAAGAUAAUUUCACUUUAUUCUUACUCUUUCUGUGCAAUCUUGAAUAGGAAGAUUGUAAAUAGUUUGGUAAUAACAGGACAAGUCUUUUUUAUGGUUAUUAGUGUUAUUAUUAUCAUCAUUAUUAUUAUUAUUAUUAGUUUUAUUACUAUUGUUAUUAGUAUUCAUUAUUAGUGGCUAUUACUAUUAUUGAUAAUAUUGUUAUUAUGAUGAUUAUUGUUAUGAAUAUCACUAUUUUUAUCCUUAUUAAAGUCAAUCUCACUGUUAGGAAAGGAGAAGAAAAAGUUCGAACUGUAAAUACACAAAAAAGGCACAAAGCUCCAGUCAUUUUAUUUUUUUAUUGUUAUAAUUUUUUUAUUGCAACAAACUUUUCUUGAUGUCUUAUCAGAGUGUAUGGAUUUUUGUGUAAAUAUGUAUCAGUGUGUCUACAUAGUACUAGUACCAGUAAAUUAUCUAUUGUCAGUAUCCUAGUACAAAACAGUACUAGUAGACUCCUACAGUAAACAAUAAAAAUGUAUAA